AUGCUUUUCGCCGUCCUGUUCAAUCUCUUGCUGCUCAGCCUGAGUACUGCCCUGGCUCUACCACUGGAUGAAUCAAGGGGAACUUGCACGAAGCCUCAACUACGCAGGGAGUGGAGAGAUCUCAGUCGCGCAGACCGCAAGAGCUAUGUCGCCGCCGUUCUAUGCAUGAAGAAGAAGCCAUCAAGUAUAGGGCUGUCCACUUCGUUAUAUGACGACUUUCCCUGGGUCCACAACAAGCUUACCAACGAAAUACAUUUUGUCGCGUCAUUCCUUCCGUGGCAUCGCUAUUUCAUAUCCAUAUACGAGCAAGCCUUGAAAGGUUGUGGCUAUUCUGGCGUCGCGACAUACUGGGACUGGACACGAGACGUAGCAUCCAUGCCAUCCUCGCCCGUGUUUUCCCCCAUUAACGGUUUCGGUGGCAACGGCUCUCCCGAUAAAGCGAUGCAGUUGGACGGAAAUACCCAACGCUGCGUCGCUGACGGCCCUCUGAAGGAUCUCCAGCUCCCCUACUUCGGAGACAACGCCGAGCCUCAUUGCCUUUUACGUACCUUCAACGCCGGCGGCGAAGAUGCUGGCGAUAUGCUAUCGCCGAAUUAUACGCCUGACGCAGUCGAGCAAGUGAUGCAGAGCCAAGACUACGACAGCUUCCGCAUAGCACUGGAGAGCGGGCCUCACGGUGCGAUUCAUGCAGCGCUUGGAGGCGAUAUGAGUCCAGCAACCGCGCCAAAUGAUCCGUUAUUCUUCUUGCACCAUGCACAGGUUGAUCGGCUGUGGUGGCUAUGGCAGCAGGAGUCACCCUUAGUGCGCACCCGCGAGUAUGCAGGCAUCAGAACUCAGGACCAGCUUGAUGGUGUGAUACCGCCGGGAGCGCAAGUCACUGACCUUCUGCAUAUGGCGGGACUGGCGAGCGAUAUCAAAGUAGAAGAGCUUUUGACGACGCAGAAUAGAAGGCUGUGCUAUCGAUAUUGAGCGCGAGUAAUGUUGACUCUGUUUUAUAGCGAUUGUUAAUUUAAUGAAUGACGAAAACCUUAAUUGUACAAAGUCAUCAAGCAGCCGAAUUGGAUACACACUGAUCUAUGUAAUUGGGGGUGUAUUUGCGAAAGUUGUCUCAUCGGCGCAUGCAAGCUCACUCAGUUGUGAUGUACAGAAAUAGUAACCUGUACGUGCACUCUGAUUCGUCGAAUCAAACAAACUUCAGCAUAAAUCAAACAGCCGCUAGACCUCAACAAGUAGUCCGGAGCCCAAUCUUUCUGCUAAUUAAGAUCAUGAUCUGUG